AUGAUCAAAGAUGUCUCUCUUCCACUAUCUUCCACGCCCACGGAGAAACUAGACAUUGAGGAAGGCAGAGCUUCUGCUAUCGCUUUAGAUCCAUUCGGCAAACCUCUAUCCCCCCAACCGACAAAUGAUCCGUAUGAUCCUCUGAACUGGGCUUCUCCUCGGAAGUAUAGCAUCAUCGCCAUCGUCUGCUUGAGCUACUUCGUGAUGAUUUAUGCAGUCGCAGCACCUAUCAUGAGUUUCACUCAGCUCCAAGUACAAUUCGACGCGACGUACACAGAGAUAAACUGGACUUUUGCUAUUUCGAACCUCGGGGCUUCCGUUGGGCCUUUAUUCCACUCGUCGCUUGGGGACAUCAUUGGUCGCCGUCCGGUUUUGAUAUUAGGAACUGCACUCUCGAUCGUAGCCACCGGCUGCUCCGCCUUGCCGAACAUAACUAUUGAAGGUUACUCUGCAGCGAGGUUCUUCCAGAUUUUUGGCGCUACGCCAGCAAUCACGAUUGGUCUUUCCAUCAUCAACGAUCUGUCGUGGCAACAUGAGCGUGGCUUCAGAGUUGGGCUUUGGGUCCUUUCAAUUGAUGUCGGGUCAUAUUUCGGGCCUUUCUUCGGUGGUUUUGUCGCCGACAAGGCCCCCAACUGGAUGCAGUUACAUGUCUUGAUACUGUUCAGUGUCCUGAUACUACUUCAAGCUGCUUUUGUUCCUGAGACAUUGUACCCCCGGGCAGCCAUUCUCGAGAACCCCGAAAUUAUUAGCAAUAAAGAUGAUCUACUUCGACGGACUACUCAGCUUCCUUUCUUGACAUUUCGCGCAAUUCCGGGCGUGCAACAUCCGGCGCCGUGGCAAACCGUGGUCGACUUCUUCCGCAUAUUUGCACUACCGAUUAUUGCAAUUCCAAUUAUCACUUUCUCCUUAUCUCUUUACUGGUGGAUCAUCUCUGUCGAGACCAUGGUUCCCGUAGCAUACGCAAACUAUAGCAUAAUUGGUCAGGGUCUUCUUUUUCUCGGACUUAUUGUUGGUACAUUGACCGCCGAGAUCUUGUUCAGUGGAUGGGUAGGUGACCUAAUUGUCGGAAAAUUAUCCACUGGACGCGGUAUCGCCCGCACUCCAGAGAUGCGGAUUUGGCUAGCAUACCCGGGCAUCAUCAUGUUUGCCGCCGGGCUGGUCUUGUGGGGAUCCUCGAUCGAAAACAGCUACCACUUCAUGGUUGGCCAGGUGGCAUUUUUUAUGAGCAUGUUCUACAUGACCCAUUCGGAUUUACGGACAAGAGCUGAUCAGUCGUGCAGUUGGUGCGGGAUUGCAGAUGACGAAUACGGUGAUUGCCGCGUAUACGAUUGA